UCAGCUAUCUAGCUAUUUGUGUAAAUUUUACAGCCCAAUUAAUUCUAACUGCUAGCUCUUGUUCCUAAUCCCUAAGCAAGAGGAUGAUGAAAUACUCCUCUAAUCCCCCAGAAGACUUGCUUGCUUCCUUGCCAAGGCAGGAAGGUAUACUUCAGCCCUACUGCUACCAAUACCAAGGCUUCUGGCAUGGUCCAGUAGGUUUGAAGGAGUUGAUUCAUUGUCAAAAUCAUUUUCUAGCUCGCAAAAAUGAUAUCUUCCUUGUUACUGCCCCUAAAUCCGGAACCACCUGGUUGAAAGCCGUCAUCUAUGCUUUAAUAAACCGUGAAGCAUGUCAUCCUCAAGAUCCUCAUCAUCCUCUACUUACACAAACUCCCCACCAACUUGUUCCUUUUCUCCAGUAUGUUGAGGCCUCUUGUUAUGACUCCGUCUGCAACUCCUUAGACGAUAGUGGCACUAGGAUCUUCGGGUCUCACAUUCCAACUGUUAGCCUCCCCGAGUCGAUAUGGAUGGAGGAGGGGGCUAAGAUAGUGUACAUGUCCAGAGACAUCAAGGACACUUUUGUUUCACUUUUUCACUUUGCCAACAAGAUUGAUUCCCGCCCCUCCCCCAUCUCUUUAGAAAAGGCCUUUGAUUUGUUCUGCAGAGGAUCGAGUCCUUCAGGGGCUGUUUGGGAUCAAAUAUUAGGAUAUUGGAAGGAAAGCCUGGACAAACCAGACAAGGUGUUGUUUAUGAGGUAUGAGGAGAUGCAAAAUGAGCCUCUUGUUCAGCUGAGGCGUCUUGCGCUUUUUCUUGGAAAACCUUUUUCUCAAGAGGAAGAGAAUUCAGGGGUGCCUCAUCAAAUUAUAAACUUGUGUAGUUUUAAUACUCUGAGCAACCUAGAGGCUAACAAGAAAGGAAAUAUUCUUCGUGUAUUAAGAAAUGAUUCAUUUUUCCGGAGUGGCGUUGUUGGCGAUUGGAAAAAUCAUCUAACACUGGAGAUGGCUUCUAAGCUCGACCAGAUCACAGAAGAAAAGUUUAGUGGUUCAGGGUUAUCCAUGACGACAUGAUGUUGCCGGCCAUCUCUAUUAAAAUUUGAGUUCAAAGUGUAGCGUUUCAUGUUGAUUAUCUCUACAACAUUAAUGACGUUGCCAUCUCUCUAUAAAUUUGAUUUCAAGACUUGUUGUUUGUAUCAUUUUCUUUCUUCUUGUUUACUGAUCAUUGUGCUGU